AUGCCGAGGGAACGAAUUUUCCAACGUCCACCACGUCCUCCCCCAAUUAGGGAGACUGACGACAACGACACAAACCCUCCACCAAUAAACCACUCCAUUCUGAAUCCAUCACUACCCUUAAUUCAACAAAACAAGUGCUUCCUCUUCACGAUCUUUCCACCCGAAAUCCGCAACAGAAUCUAUGCCUUCUCUCUCGAAUCAGAAGAUAUAGAAGACCAAAUCCAACCCCAAGAUCAACCCCCAUCCCCUUCACAAUCAUCACCAACACAUCUCUAUCGCCGCAACGCCUUCUACUACCGCCCAGGCCACAUCCAACCCACAAGAAUCCGCACCGCUCUCCUCCAAACCUGCCAACAAAUCUACUCCGAAGCCUCUCUCCUCCCACCCGCCAUAAACAAACACACAUUCUGGUUCUACCGCGGGCCCCCCGAAAUCGCCACCUCGUCCUCCCCAUUCCAAUAUUUCAGUAAAAUGAGCCGCGCACAGCGCGACCAAGUCCAGCACAUCCAUCUCUUCACGCAGCAGUACUUUCUGGAAGAUAGUAAUAAGCUGUGGUCGAGGAUUUGGGAGGGCACGAUUUUGGAAUAUACGCCCCAUGGAGAUUAUUUUCGGCCUGGAUGGGGCAGGAGGAGAGUUGAGGCUCCCGUUCCGGUUGAUAAUAGGGAUAAGGAGAAAUAUGUUAUUGCGCCGAAGAAGUUGACGAUUACGUUCCGGCAUACGGAUUGGUGGUUUUGGGAGAAUGAUGAACCGUUGGGGAUUGACCCAUUCAGACUUGGUCGUACACGAGCACAUGAAAUGUGCCAUCAUCAUCACCAUCAGUUGAAUACUCAACUCACGCCCGAACAAAAACGUGCAUGGGGAAACCAAUUCACACACAUCCCAAGCUUGACAACCCUAACAAUCGAAUUCGAAACCAUCAUGCGAAAACGCGAUCAACUCGACGCGAUCAUCGACCAAGCACUGAAUUGGAAAUUCCCCCUUCAACCUGAGAAAUCGGUGUAUCUUGUUGCGCAACCAGAAUCGCGGAGUGCUUGGACGUGGGUUGGUGCUAAGGAGGGGGAUUUGAUGAGGCAGUCGAUUAGUGAGGGGAGGAGGGUGAUGGAUGAUGAUAUUGAGAAUGAUGAUGAUUCUACGGCUGAGAAGGGGGUGGGGAUGGUGCCUCAAGUUCCGGUUUUGAGGGCUUUUGAUGCGAAAGAGAGAGAUGCUGGCGCUGGUCAGGCUGAGGUUGAGUCUGACACGGAGGAGUUUUAUGUGAUUUUUUUGACUUGGAAGAAGCAGGUUGUUGAUGAAUGA